CUGAAGUUGUGAGCAAAACGAAUCUGUUCGCGAACAGUGUUUCGCAAUAUAACUUUUAUAGCAAAUUAGAAUACAAUCAAAAAAAUGUUAUCCAGCCUCAGGACUGGAGUACAGGGCUUGUGGCGUAUAUCCUCUAGGUCAAUUCAGACCACAGCAUCAAGGCAACAUGACAGUCUAUUUGUCCACCGAGACACUCCUGAGGACAACCCGAGCAUUCCCUUUGAGUUCUCGCAGGCCAAUCAAAAGAGAGUAGAGGCUUUGUUGGCCAUUUACCCUGAAGGUCACAAGCGAGGUGCCAUGAUUCCUUUACUGGAUCUGGCACAACGACAAAGUGGAGGCUGGCUACCUAUCUCAGCUAUGCACAAGGUGGCUGAGAUCUUAAAUCUUCCAAAAAUGAGAGUUUAUGAAGUAGCUACAUUUUACACAAUGUUCAUAAGACGACCAAUUGGUAAAUACCAUGUUCAAGUAUGUACGACUACUCCUUGCUGGCUUCGAGGCUCUGAUGCCAUAUUGAAUGCAAUUAAACAGGAAACAAACUGUGAAGUUGGAGGCAACAGUCCUUGUGGCAAGUUUUCUGUUUCAGAGGUUGAAUGUUUGGGAGCUUGUGUGAACGCCCCAAUGAUACAAGUCAAUGAUGAUUACUAUGAGGACCUGUCUGUAGAAGAUACAAAAGAAAUUAUCAGCAAAUUAAAGAAGGACGAGAAGCCCAAACCUGGGCCCAGGAGUGGAAGAUUCGCGUCUGAGCCUCUCGGAGGAUUGACCUCGCUGACUGAAGAACCCACAGGGCCUGGCUUCGGAGUACAAGAUGCACUCAAGGCGUAAAUCUGGUGUUGUCUUGUGUAAAUAGGAAUUAUUUAAAUAAAUCAUGUUAGUGA